ACCCUAGUCUUCUCCCACCUUUCCCCCGUAUAAAAUGAGAAAAUCACCGGCCCCUUCUUCCUCCCUGCCAUCACCGCCGAGAGCUCCCGCCGCGCGUUUCCCUCCGAUCUCGACCCGAGAAACCAGCCCCGGUUCAUCAUGGCGCCGAAGAAGGAGAAGGCUCCUCCCCCGUCGUCGAAGCCAGCUAAAUCCGGCGGAGGGAAACAGAAAAAGAAGAAAUGGAGCAAAGGAAAGCAAAAGGAAAAGGUAAACAACAUGGUGCUCUUUGAUCAGGGAACAUAUGACAAACUUGUCAGUGAAGUUCCCAAGUACAAGCUCAUCACUCCUUCCAUCUUAUCCGACAGAUUGAGGGUCAAUGGUUCACUGGCACGUAGAGCAAUCAAGGACUUAAUGGCCAGAGGUCUUAUUAGGAUGAUUAGUGCUCACGCCAGCCAACAGAUCUACACAAGGGCUACCAACACCUAAUAUAGAAACAUUGCCUUGAAAGUUUCAUGUUUUGACUUUUAGCUUCCAAUUAGUGGGGCUAGCCGAGGGUGAACCAGUUUUGCUUUUUGCAUUGAAGUUUUUGAUUGUUGCUUCAGUAGCGUACAUUUGAGUUCUUGAUUUUAGUUAGGGGGUUGGUCGAUUAUUAUUUCGUUUUCCUGUGCUGGAAUGAUAUUCUAUCAGCCAUUCGAACCUCUAAUUUGAGGUAUCUCCGCCACAUUCGGCUAUUACAACUGGUCAAGAGAAACCGUGUUUCAAUUG